CGCGCGCACACGCACGUCUGCUACGAGGUGCGCCUGUGCCGCUCGGGAUGGCUGAACAUUACGCAGCCCUUCCUGACAGAGGCAGGCACGUCCUGAAAGCUCUAAGUUCUGGAUGCGUUGGGACGGCAGGAACACGGUCUGCUCGGGAUUUCUGACUCAAAAUGCGCAGACAGCGUUUCUGCGGCGCUGAGCGGCAGCUGUGCAGAAAUGAGCGGGCGGUCAGCUGUGUGCCGUGAAUAAUGCAUGGACAUGCCGAGGACGUGCGAGGUUCCUCCGACUGGGAAACUUGUUCUUCGGUUGUUUUGAUCUGACACAAGAUGCAUCUGUUUCGGACUCAUAAUUACCAAGUGUUCCCUCACCGCUACUCAGUGGAGAAACCGACCAUACGGGGCAUCAGCUGGACUCCACUGCCAGAGGCCCUGGAUCCAAAGGACACUAUGAAGCAGUUUCUUUCAGAUCGUGUCGUAAAAGCUGCGAGGUCGGUGUACAGCGUUAUGACCGAGAAGAACCCUGGCCUGAUCCGAGACAGGAAGCAUCACCUGAAAACACACAGGCAUUGCUGCUCAGGGAAGGAGUUGGUUGACUGGCUGAUGAAACAGAACGAAUGCCUGCAGUCAAGAAGUCAGGCUGUGGGAAUGUGGCAGGUCUUGGUGGACGAGGGAAUCCUCGUUCAUGUGAAACAGGAUCUGAACUUCCUGGACAAGGACACACAGUUCUACCGGUUCCAGAACUCGGAGUUUGGGCUGAACCACGUCUCCAACGAGAAGGACUUGGAGGACGAGCUGCAUGAAGCUCUGUCCCUGCUGUCCCAGCUGGGCCCCGAUGCGCUGCUCACCAUGAUUCUACGCAAAUGUCCCAGUCAGAGGAGCGCUGAGGACAUCGAGGUCAUCUAUGAGGAGCUGCUCCAUGUGAAAGCUGCUGCUCAUCUCUCGUCUUCAGUGCGGAAGGAGCUGGCCGCAGUGCUGGUGUUUGAAUCCCACGUCAAGUCUGGAACAGUCUUGUUCAGUCAGGGGGAUAAAGGAACCUCCUGGUACAUCAUCUGGAAAGGCUCGGUGAACGUGAUCACACAUGGAAAGGGCAUCGUGACCACUCUGCAUGAGGGCGAGGACUUUGGGCAGCUAGCUUUGCUGAACGAUGCGCCACGUGCCGCCACCAUCAUCCUGAGAGAGGACAACUGCCACUUCCUCCGUGUUGACAAACAGGAUUUCAUUCGAAUCCUUAAGGAUGUGGAGGCUAACACGGUGCGACUGGAGGAGCAUGGGAAGACCGUCCUUGUGUUGGAGAAGAGCGCAGACUGCAAUGGUCAAGGGGGAGCUGCAGCCAACAGCAGAUACACAGUUAUGUCGGGAACACCUGAAAAAAUCCUGGAACAUCUUCUGGACACACUGAAGCUGGAUUCCAAUGGAAAUGAUCCGAUAGAUCCCUGCGUGAGCGACUUCCUGCUCACAUAUAAAGUCUUCAUGCCGUCCAGCCAGCUGUGCUUAGCUUUGCAGCAUCAUUACCAGGCAGAGUUGUCCAAAGGCUCAGAACAGGAGAAGACUGCUUACAUCUUCAACACCAAACAGAAGGUAGUGAAGCUGAUUGCCCAGUGGGUGGCGCUGUACGGCCUUCUGCUGAAAGAAGACCCAGAGGUUGGGGACUUUCUGGAGAAACUGAAAAAGGAGGUUGCAACUGAUCAUCGUUUGUCCAGCAUCCUAAAGGAACAGUUUAGGGAAAGAAGAAGAACAAAAGUGAUGGAGAACGGCUAUCAGUCACUGAGCAGGAAUCAGCAGUUUGAUUGGUUUUCAAGCUGUGAGGAGCCAGUUGGGAGGCUGCAGCCAAUCAAAGCACAGGAUAAAGUGUUAUACGAGAUUUACAAGGCAGACAGCAAACCUCUCUCCUUGAUGCUCCCCGUAAGCUCAUCUGUUCAAGAGGUGAUGUCGGCAAUAGUCAAAGCAGAUGGAGAUCACGUUCUGGUCAAAAUGAACUCCAGUGGAGAAAGAGUGCAGUUAAAGCUGGAUGCAACUGCAGUCUACACUGCGCUAGGCCUCAAUGAGAGACUGUUCAUCUGUACGAGCAGCGAAGUGGAACAACUGCGGCCACUGAAGGAUCAGCAGGGCCCAGAACAGGCAACCACUGACCUCAUUGAGCAGAUGAGUUCCAAAGACAUUGCCACAGAACUGACGAACUAUGACUGGGAACUGUUUACUGCCAUGCAUGAGGUGGAGCUUGUCUACUACAUAUUUGGUCGCCAUAAAUUCCCAGGUGCCACCACGGCCAACCUGGAGCGGUUUGUGCGGCACUUUAAUGUGGUCCAGCACUGGGUGGUGACUGAGCUGUGCCUCUGUGAGGAUCUGGUGAAACGGGCCAUUCUGCUCAAGAAGUUCAUCAAAAUCGCUGCAGUGUUAAAAGAACAGAGGAAUCUCAACUCAUUUUUUGCUGUGAUAUUUGGUCUGAGCAACAGUGCUGUCCAGAGGCUUUACAAGACCUGGGAGAGAAUACCGAGCAAAACUAAAAGAAUCUACUGUGCUUAUGAGCGACUGAUGGAUCCUUCACGCAACCACAGGGCCUAUCGCCUGGCUGUGGCCAAACUCAGCCCUCCUUACAUUCCCUUCAUGCCUCUGCUGCUGAAAGACAUGACAUUCAUCCAUGAGGGUAACCCAAACUACGUUGACAAACUGGUGAAUUUUGAGAAAAUGCGAAUGCUUGCCAAGACAGUUAAAAUUGUACGAGGUUGCAGAAGCCAACCUUAUGUGCCUUCAUCGCCACAGAGGGGCCUGGCUGAUCGCAUGUUUCUGGAUGGGCCUGCUACUCGAUUAUCUACGUAUUCCGACCAUGCCUUCCCUCUCCGCUCUCCCAGCAACAUCCGACACUACAUUCAAAACCUGAAGGUGAUCGACAACCAGCGGAAGCUCACCCAGCUAUCGAGAACAAUCGAAUGCUAGGACAUCUGCCUCUGGAUGGAGAAAUACUGGAACUUUAUAUCGAAAUCAUAAACUGGAUCGCAAGGAUUUUCUGAACUUUUACAAUCGCCUGAGUAGGAUGGAUCUUUCUGCAGUUCACAGCAGAAAGUGAAAAUGUGCAGCGUGCACAGGAAUGACCUCAAUGCUGAACAACAGGACAGCUGGGAAUGUUUUGACCAAGCAAGCCUUACGUCCACUCUAAAGGCUUUGCACCAACAUGUAAAAAUGCUGCUCUACAUCUGCUGUAAAUUUUAAAUUUUUUUUAUAUGACACAUUGUAAGCUGCAGUCAUACAACACAUGUUAAACAUUAGUGCCACAAAUACUGUCUUUGACUUUUCUGAGCACUUCUGUUGUCACUUUUAAAGUAAUAUGUUGUAUUAUACAUUUUUGGCAACAAUGCCACAAAUUCACAUGCUUUCAUAUGUUGUUUUCUAAAUAAAUUAUUUUACAAGUUA